CAGUAAUGCACCAAAUUGGUGUUUGCCAACAGCGAAGAAGGAGAAGAAGAAGAAAUUCUUCGCUGGGUUUGGAUCGAAGCUGAUCUCUAACCGCUCAGUAACUGUUAAAGGAUCAUUUAAAGAGAACAACAACAAAGAUGAGGAGACAGCAGCUCAAACGGUGGCAGAGUGCAGCAGUGGGAGAGAUUUCCCAAACGGCUGAAGAGGACAAAGAAGAUCAGCUGCGGAACAACAUCCUGGAGGCUGAUUUUAACCCCAAAGUUCUGCUGCACAGAUUAGAUGUUCAGCAGAUGCUGAUGGUUAAAGAAGAAGCUCCUGUAAACCACAGACCUUGUGCUGACCUACAUGACCUAAAGCCCUACCACAUAAAGAAGGAACAGGAGGAAGUCUACAUCAGUCUGGGUGGAGGGCAGCUCAAUGGGAAGGAGGAGAUUGAUGCCAUCAGGUUUUCAGCCAAUGCUACUCCCAUAAAGAGUGAGGAUGAUAAACAGUCUCCUCUGCUCUCACAGCUUUAUCAAGACAAAAUUAAAGGUGAAGAGCUUCCAGAAGAGAUGGACAGAGAAGAAUCCAUCAUGAUACAAGAUCACAGACAUGGUUCCAUUUCCUUAGAGACUAAGAAGGAUGAAGAUGACGUUGAUGUAGAGCACCCUGUCUCAGAGCUGAAACAUUGGAAGGAGAGCAGAGAUCCUGAAUCAGAUGGAAACAUCAACAAACCUUUUAGCUCGUCUGAGUUUGCAGAAAAGUUUGUUCAUGGUCGCUUUCUUCAAAAAGAAAUGAUUAAUUCAGAAAAGGGGUCUUUAGGCUCGCAGUAUAGUGAGAAAUGUGUCGUAGAUGAGAAAAAUGUGAAAUCACCAAGGAAAGUCCAGACAGGAGUGAAUUUUACCUGUGAAGACUGUGGUAAAACAUUUGCUAGAAAACAAAGUUUAAACACACAUAAAGUAAUCCACACUGGACAGAAACCUUUCUGUUGUGAUCUAUGUGGACAAAGAUUCACCCAAAAAGCACAUUUAAAAGAUCACAUGAGAACCCACACUGGACAGAAACCUUUCUGUUGUGAUCUGUGUGAAAAAAGAUUUACUAGAAAAGGAAAUUUAAACUCUCAUAUGAAAAUCCACACUGGGCAGAAACCUUUCUGUUGUAAUCUGUGUGGAAAUAGAUUUACUGGAAAAGGAAAUUUAAACUCUCAUAUGAGAAUCCACACUGGACAGAAACCUUUCUGUUGUGAUCUAUGUGGGAAAAGAUUUAGUGUCAAAGAAAGUUUAAACAAACAUGUGAUAAUACACACUGGACAGAAACCUUUCAGUUGUGAUCUGUGUGGACAAAGAUUUACCCAAAAAGCACAUUUAAAAGGUCACAUGACAAUCCACACUGGGCUGAAACCUUUCUGUUGUGAUCUGUGUGGAAAAAGAUUUAAUGGAAAAGGAAAUUUAAAGUCACAUAUUAGAAUCCACACUGGUCUGAAACCUUUCUGUUGUGAUCUGUGUGGGAAAAGAUUUACUGUAAAAGGAAGUUUAAACAAACAUAUGAUAAUCCACACUGGUCAGAAACCUUUCUGUUGUGAUCUAUGUGGAAAAAGAUUUUCUUUUAAAGGAGAUUUAAAUGCGCACGCUAGAAUCCACACUGGGCUAAAACCUUUCUGCUGUGAUCUAUGUGGAAAAUGUUUUACUGAAAAAAGAGGUUUUAACAGACACAUGACAAUCCACACUGGACAGAAACCUUUCUGUGGUGAUCUAUGUGGACAAAGAUUUAGCCGAAAACAACAUUUAAACAGACACAUGAAAACCCACACUGGAGGGAAAAUAACUGAGGUCUGAAUGCUCAAACUGGCCAGCUACAGUUGGCUGUAAAUUUCCUUGCUCUUUCAUUAAGAACAACAGUUUUCAUUUGUCAGUUUUAGCAUUUUUCUAAAGGUUAAUUUUUAUAUUUUAGUUUUAAAAUAUUUUAGCUUACAGAAUUGAUGUUUUUUAUAGCUUUCUUCACUGAAGACCGGUGUUCCAGUUUCAUUUCACUUGAAGGUGACAGUUGUUUGUAUAAUAGGUGACGCAGAAAAUCCUUCUAAGGCAACUGUUUGUCGUGCUCUCAGGAAUGUUACUGUACAGCAGAGGUGCCCAUGUUGUCGACUGCAAACAGUCAUUGAAGUCAAGUUGUCCUCCUUAGCAGAGUGGUGCAUGUCCCUAUCUGUCACACAGGACACCAGGGUUUAAUCCCCAACAGAUUGUAAUUCUGGUUUAUGUUAUUAGGCAUAAAUAACUUUGGUUUUGUUAAAAUUUACCUGAGCUUUUAAGACAGGUGCUACCAGCUCUCCCAAAGCCCCUCCACCGUUGGACGUUAGUUCUUUGUGACUUGGACAUUUAUAAGUAAAUUUGCAAUCAGCAAAGCAGUGGGAACUCUGUACAGUUUUGUGGUGUUCUCUAGUCACAGACCCACAAGACCAAUAAAAGAACUAUUCCAUAGAAUUUCAGGUUUCAGUGAAAGCAGUAAUUAAGUUCUGACAUUUUGCGACUUCAAGCAUCAUCUAUUCAUAUAUUUCUGGGUUUCCUGAAAUCGUUGGCAGUUACUUUCACUGCUCCUUUACUAAAUAAUGGAGAUUAUGUUUUAUUUGUUUUAUAUUGCAUGGCACAGUUUAUCAUCUGCUCAAAAAGCUUUUAUAUUGAUGCUGUCACCAAUGUCACCUGAUGAUGUCGCACCUCUAAUUUAAUUAAGCGGUAUAUGCCUUUUAUUCUCCUUUACUAUACAGCAUCUUUAAACUUUUUGUGACUCCUGUUUUUUCCUGAUAAGUUCUUUAUAGUGUUUAUUCUGGUAAUUUUCAAUGGUUUUAGUGAUGUAUGAAGCUGGAUGCUUUCAUUGCCUUCUGCUUUUUCUGACACACCCCAAGUUUCCCUAUUGUGGGACUAUAAAGGAUUUUCUAUCCUAUUCUGUAUUAAAUACAUUUAUUUAAUACCAAUGUAGUUGACAUACUGUAGCAGCCAAUUGCAGUUUUGUACUGUAAAGCGAAUAUAUGUUAUAAUAAUUUCUGAUUUACCAAUCGCUUAUCUAACUAAAGACUAUUGUCGUUUUAUUUCAUUAAGUCAUCUUUAUUGCCUGCAAGUUAAAAUACAGUAGUUUUUGUUCAAAUAAAUAAAAUCAUCCAUCUCUGUGGGCCCCUCACUCACAUUAA